AUGGACAUGGACUUGGGCAGUUUCAUCUCAGGUCAAAUCACACAGAUCGCCCAGUGCAGCACCUCCAGAUUAGGGUUCCCAGCGUUGAUCACAACACUAUGUGACGCUCAGGGGGUCGUUUCUGACACCAUGACUUUUGAGUCACUAAGUCAUAUGAACCCACCACUUACGACCCCAGAGGCCUUCAUCCAGCAAGUUGUGUGGCCUGGAGUACAACCCUCUAUUGAUGGGGGAGGGGGGGAUGGUAUUAAUGCUUUAAAUCAAGAUGGAAUUUUGAAUGAUUCCCUGAAUUUCCAAAGGCCCUUGCCAAUUCCUCCCACUGCAAUCCAGCAUGGGGAUGUUGGUCGGCCCAAAAAGCUCAAUAGGCAUUUGGACUACAAUCCUGGCAAUGAAUUAGUGACUCCCUUAUAUGUUAAUCCAAGUGAUGGUUACACUGAUGAAAUUUUUGGUGGAAGGUCCAUGCAAAAGGAAAUAAGAGUCUUUUCUGAAAAUCCUCUUUCACGCUUGGAUGAUCUAAUCUAUCAACAGGGUGAAUCUUAUGGAAUUACAGACUCCCCUCAUGGGAUGCCCCAUGCCUUAUCUGAUCCACAGUUGAAUGAGAGUGGAGCAAGGUCUGGUUACAUCUCGCAAAAUGGAUUUUGUCAAUCUUUCUGCAUUAACCUUGAAAAGUGUCAAUUAUCUUCAAUGUUACCCCAUAAAGUCUCACGGGUGAACCUUAUGGAGAAUCAGCAUGAGUCCAUUGUCCAUCAUCCUCAAAUGCAAAGUAAGACACCAAAAGUUGAGUCAUCUGAGCCACACAAAAGGCAAGAUUUGGCAUCUUCUCCAUACUAUGAUUCAUUGGGAAUGAAUGAUCCUGUUCAUAUGAUGGAUAACAUUAUAACUGAAAAAAAGAACCUUAAUGCUCAAACUGACUUGAGUGGACCCAGCUAUGUUGCUGAGGAUAUUCAGGAAAAUUCCAUAAAAUUAGAAAGGAUUAAGUUAAUUGAAGAAAAGAAUCCAAUUUUUAUGGAUAGCAAGGUUCAUGAGGUGAAAUCAACUGUCAUUGAUAUGGGACAUGUGCCUGAAUUGCAUCUUUUGGAGUCCUUCCCUGCUAAUAACUUCAAUGCUAAGAUUAAUAUGCAAAAGAAUUGGGAGCUACCUUCUGAGGGUAUAGUUCCUGUUUCAUCAGGCAUGAUGGGCCUCUCUCUAAAUAAUCUAGUGGGAAGGGCCCGAUCUGAUCCUGACAUGAGCCAAAGGACUAGUGAUCACAAAAAAUGUGCUUUGGCUGAAGGUCUGAAUCGUGAACAAGGGAUUGAUCUUUCAUUGACCAGAAACUUUGAUUUAAAUGCUCCAAUUUUAAAAUGUGAAGUAGGUUCUUGUGACAAAUUUUCUCAAGGAGAUCAUAUGUUCGAGCUGUCCAUUCACCCAGAUUCUCUUAAAGCCGAACAAAUUCAUCCUUGUAAGAAUCAGAGGGUUGCAGGUUUUCAAGAAAACCCUACUGUAAGCUCUGCAAGUUUGUAUCCUGCUGCAUUCGCAAAUCUAAACAUGCCAUUGAAUGACCAGGAUUGUUCAAGCAAUAUUAUGUCUUUUAAAAUUGCACCAUCUUAUCUUGAUGACUUUAUUAUCAGCACUGGUCAAAUGGUGAGUCAGAUUAUCCCCGAAUACUCUGCCUCUGGAAUGUCAAAAGUUGAAGAUAAAAUUUCAGAACAAUCAAGAAAGUGUAAUGAUGCAAAUCGAGUGGAGCCGUUUGUUGUAGUAGAAGACAUGAAUGGUGUUGUUUGUCCAUAUAUCCCAGAGGUUGUUGUAAGUGUUGUUGUAUCCUUAUCUCAUACAGAAGCUGAGAGCAUCGUCCCUGAGUCUGAACCUGAGGAUUUUGUUGACGAUCAAACAGACAAAAAUGAAUUCCUUUCUGAUGCAAUGAUAGCAGAAAUGGAAGCUAGCUUUAUGAUAAUAAGAAAUGCUGAUCUUGAAGACCUUACGGAGUUAGGAUCUGGUACUUAUGGAACUGUUUAUCAUGGAAAAUGGCGGGGAACAGAUGUUGCUAUAAAGAGAAUUAAGAAGAGCUGCUUUGCAGGGAGGUCUUCUGAGCAAGAACGGUUGGGGAAACCCAUAAAGAUAUUGAAUGCUAUUGGCAUGAAGAACCUUGGCCUGCUCCCAAAUUCAAUCUUAACUUGA